UUCUCCGAAUCCCAGCACCCAGCAGACGAGUGAAUGCACGAUGUUUAUGUUGUACAGGUUAAGCUGAAGGGUUUUAUGUUGAAAUAAGUCUCCGGUUCAUAAGUAUUGGUCUGUCAAGAUGCCGACCUACGAAUUAGCCAUUCUUUAUCGAGUGUUACCAAGGGACCAACUGGCACAAGCAUUGAAGACCACUGCUAAUCUUAUAUUUCAAGAAGGGGGCAUCAUCAGGAAGCUCAACAACAUGGGCUUGAACCCCACCCCAUAUAGGAUGACAAGCCACGGCCAGAAGAUUAAACAAGCAAACUAUUUUUUGUAUGAGUUUGAUAUACCAGCAGCCUCCGUGGCAAAACUCAGAGAAGAUCUAGGCAAGUAUGACUCGAUUGUUAGACGAAGCAUUUAUUCGCCUGUGACACCAAUUAAACCUGUGGACUGCCAGUUAGAAGAUGAAAUGCAAAUUGCUCCGUUUAGGAAAGACGUUCAAGAAAUGUUGAAGCGUGCCAAGAAAUUGGAAGAAGAAAAGCAACGGAGAAAAGUUAAACCCAAUCACAACCUACCAUUCAACCCAUUCUCUCUUUAGCUGUUGCUUUCAAAUCUAGAGAUUAGUUUGACUUUUUGUUCCCUGUGUAAUGUCGAUUUGUUUGAUAUGGUUUUAUGUAAAUAGCAGUAUCCUUAAAAAAAAAAAUUCUCAGUUUU